UAAUGGCCGAGGUUCAGGGGGGCUCAUGAGGGACCAGACAACCACGAGUGCUCCUCCAAACCAUUUAUAAUUUGCCACGGCAUGUCAUUGUCACAUUCUCAAGGGCAAACAUCGAAACGAGACAGGUACUGUAACUGAACGCGCAGUCCAUUCACUUGCAACCAAGAUGCCCGACUUCCAGCUCGGAUCUUAUAAGCCGGCUCUGUUGGCAAGCCGCCGUUUCUCAUGGACACUUCUUCCGCCGGCGCUCGGUAGCCUCGCGCUCAUCCUGCUCCUUGUCGUGGUAGUCGACUACGUUCGUAUGCUCCAACAACGACGAAAACUGCCCCCGGGGCCGUUUCCAUUCCCGUUGAUCGGCAACCAUCUGGCUAUUCCCAAGGUGAAACCAUGGCUCGCAUGGGAAAAGUGGGCGGCACAUUACAACGACCCACUAUUGACCCUGUGGGUGGGACGCAAGCCUACCAUCAUCGUCAAUGAUGCUUGGUCCGCCUCGGACCUCCUCGAGAAACGGGACAAGCUCUACUCAUCCAGGCCCCACAUCAUCGUGAUGGGCGAUAUGCUCAACCAGACCGAAACAAAUCAAACGUGCGCCGUGUAUGGCGACCAUUGGCGGUUGCACCGGAGGCUGACGCACACAGUGGUCGGCUCCCAGGCGGUGCGAGGUCACUAUUCGGUCCAGGCCAACGAAUCCAAAAUCCUAACUCGAAACCUAAUGGACGAUGCAACAACCUACGUCAUGUCCAUCGAGAGAUACUCGAUCUCGGUGGUUUCUAUCAUCGGUUGGGGCCGCCGCAUCGAUCGGAUGAACGAUUACAUUGGGCAGACCGCAUUGAAAUUCAUGGAAUCCGUUGAUUAUAUUGUGCCGGGCGCAUUCUGGAUGGAGUCGAUCCCCCAGCUGGCUCGACUGCCGUCUUGGAUCUACCCCCUGCCGUCGGCCAUCUUCAAUGGGGCAAAGCACACCCAGAGAUAUUUCUACCAGCUGUCGAAGGAAGCCGCGCAGAAGCCCGGCGACAACUUUGCAAAGACUAUAAUCAAGGGCCAACAGGAGUAUGGCCUCGCCGAUGAAGACGUCGCCGGCCUCACCGCCAACUUGAUCGGAGGCGGUGUCGAUACUACCAGCAGCUCCAUUAUCACCACUAUUCUGGCCAUGUGCGCCUUCCCCGAGGCACAACGUGAAGCUCACGAAGAACUCGACCGCGUCGUGGGCCGCGACCGUUCGCCCGCCUUAUCCGACGAGACCUCCUUGCCUUAUAUCUCUGCCAUCGUUGAGGAAGCACUCCGAUGGCGCACGGUCACUGUCCUCGGAGGGAUCCCGCACGCCCCUACGCACGACGACGUUUAUCGAGGCUUCCACAUUCCCGCGGGUACUCCGAUCAUUGGGAACGUGUGGGCUAUCCACCGUCAUCCACGCGAAUUCCCCGACCCAGACGUCUUCCGACCUGAACGUUUCUUGAAUGGGCCCGAGCGCCGUCCGUAUCCUAACAAAAAGGGCCACAACGCUUUUGGAUGGGGUCGACGUCAGUGCAGUGGACAGCCGCUGGCACAGCAAGGACUUUUGCUCACGAUUGCACGGCUUUUGUGGGCUUUUGACAUGAAGCCUGGCUUGGAUGAAAGCGUCAGUACUUCCUCGCUCCCUUUCCUUUCCUUUCCUCUCCCUUUACCUCUUCUCAGCGUCUCCCCACCUGUCCCACGCGAGGCUCGAACAUCGCUACAGUGAUCAGCUGUUAACACUAAGGGAACCAACAGGGCAAUCAAGUCAGACUGGACGUCUUCGCCUACACGAAGAGUGAGAACAUGCGACCAGAGCCGUUUCCUGCACGCUUCACGCCGCGGUCGGAGAAGAUCGCGGAGAUCAUCCGAGACGAGGCCGAGCGAGCACGAGAGGCGCUGCGGAUCUACGACGGUGAAACC